CGAGACGAGAGGACGAACCAUAUCGUCGGUGAAAAAAGUAAAAAGGCUUUUAAAGAAGCUUUCAUUACAGAUUGCGGUAUAGUAUCAAGCAGAGUUUGGUUAAGGCAACAGUACCGCGAACCCGGAACGUUGCCAGCGAAAAAAUGGGCCCUACGAAAAGAUUAUUCCCUGCAGUCUUUCUGCUGCCGCUACUGUUCAGCCUUGGACACGGCUCACCGGAUCUAGGGUUCGACAUUACGAUCGACUAUGUUACCAGCAACAGUCCCAACAUUUUGUCGGCUGCCAAUGAUGUCAACGGGGUAAACGGUGAUUUGCAGGGAUCUGUCGGAGGCUUUGUGAUUCCCAAGUACCAAGGAAUGACCAAUUUGACAUUUUCUGGUGCGGCACUAGUGUCCCUAGUAGGCAACAUUACCGGACCCGUGAACAAUGUUUUGCGCAACAUCUCCACCAUCGCGAGUAACCGUUUAACGGCACCGUCCUGCAUGUUCGCCUCCCUAAAUGGAACCUUGGACAAAGCCUAUUCGUUCAUUGAUCAGGCUAACUCUACUCUCGUCCAAACGAUUAUAACGUCGACCUCCAGCACCACCGCAAAUUCGCUGAUGACGUUUGUGAAUCUGGUACAAACUUCACUCCAGACGGUUAAUGACCAGCUGGAUGCCUUAUACAUUGGCGUUCAAGCGCUGCUAGCAUCGGGAUCCACCACGAAGUACGCCGUAGACACCACCCUUUCCUUAGGUGUUCGAAUUCAGCUUGCCGGCGCCAUAUCGAUACUGACGACCGCCGAGCGUAACCUCAAUACGGUGAUCCGCACAAUCCGUACGAACUUUGACCAGGCCAACAAUAUCCUAAACAGCUACACCACGGAUUUGCUGAACGCCCAAAUUUCCGUCAACAACACGCAGCGCGAUUACUACAACCAAGUCACCAGUCGCAUUACGUCCUACCAGAACAAAGUCACCAGCGAUACCAACUCUGCAACAACGGACGUUAAUAAUCUUAUUCCAAAUUUGAAUACGUAUGCCCAAAGCACUGAAACGGACAUGCGUACCGCUGCCCGUGGUCUACAGCUAUCGAUGACUACAUAUAGCUCUGCAUUAGCAGGCUUAGCCAGCGCCUACAAGAACGCCAUUAGCACCCAGAUGACGCAAAUUUUCACCGGCGCCGAAUCGUUUGUGCAGACCAAUGUCCAAGCACUCAUUGCGGUGUUCGAUUCCAGUAGCUUUAAGCUGGCGGCCACUAUGUCGAACGGUGGUCCGUACGCCUCUAACUGUAACGGCCGCUAUGGAGGCAAUAUUCUCAACUUGGACAACAACAUGCGCGAUCAGCUGAACCGUUGCUUCAAUGAUUACGCCAACACCGGUUACACCGACUCAUUCAUCAGCGAGUACAACAACGUAAUCCGCGAGCAGACCCGAUUCGUAAUCACCCGUAUCAAUUUCUGUUUCGGUCUUGGUUCAGUCAACUCAGACGCGAUUCGUAGGGCUGGAAUCGCUAAGUGUUUCACGCAGACUGUACAGCUCUUAAGUACCAUUAUACAGGAUAUCGAAGUAGCGACCGCACUGGUGGUGGCUUCCAUCAAUCUCGAGAGUUUGGCAAUGGUACAGCGUGUCGAGAGCUGCGGUGCCAUCAUGAACCACGGCUUGGUGGCAGCCGCCACUAGCCUCGAUGAAUUGUUGGCCUCCUGUCAGACCACAAACCAGUAAAAAUCGUAAUAUUAGCUAUAAUUCGAUUGUUCACCGAUAGCUUGUAUCAGCAAAUAAAUGAUCGCUUCGGUAAACCAACACUGGC